AUGGGCAGCGACAGCCUCGUGACCAUCUCCGGCGCCGCGGCCAAGGUGGCGGACGCGGCGCGGGAGCUCGACUUCGCCUUCCAGCGGGUGGAGGUGUCUGAGGCGAUGGCAGGGUGGCUACGAUCCAAGCCCGCAGCCCAGCUGUCAAGUUCGAGUCGUAACUUGCAACCGGAUCUUCGGCUCAGCGUCUCUCCCCCGCCCCGACCCCCGUGCAGCAUGGCCGAGAAGCUGGCGGAGUGGCGGGGCUGCAUCGCCCAGCUGGUGAACCUUGAGAACGCCAAGUGCACGGGGCGAAGCCAGGAGGCGCUGAGCAUCGACGAUGCAGAGGUUGCGCAUGUGCUCAGCAGCCUUCACCGCCUCGUGGAGUCGUUGGCCGCAGCAGGAGAGCUGCGAGACGUUUUGGACCGGGACGUGACAAGCGCCAAUUUGGUGCUGAGGUUCUUGGCAGAGCAGAGCCAUGAGGUUUUGGGAUUCAACGCGGCGGGCAAAGCUCUGAAGGCAAUUUUGCAGGUUCCGAGUUGGAAGGAGAUGUUUGAGCUUUGGGGCUUGCAGCACGCUGUCUCGCAAGAAUGCAGGUUUAAGCUGUCCAAGGAAGGCAUUCUGGUUGAGGAAAGGCAUAGCAAGAAGACAUCCUUUCUGGAUAGAGACCACAGUGAAACCACACACGGCUUGUUGAGGCACGAGCUUUACGAGACUGCGCAGCAGCUUGCAGAACGAGGUGCGCGCAUUGUCGUUUUGGGAGAUCGAGGCACGGGCAAGUCUAGCCUAUGCAACGCUGCGUUUGGACGGCAGCUUGCGCAGACGGGCGUAGGCCGAUCGGUCACUCAGCUGAUCACUUUGUACCCGGCAACUGAGUCCUGUCCCGUGAAUCUCUACGACACCAAGGGCUUCGAGACUGACGGAGAUCAGCUUGAGCAACUGAAGAAGCUGGUUGAAGAGCGAAGACGUGCCAGCGAGAGGCACAACGUCGAAGACCCUGCAAGGGUUUCAGAGCUCCUGCACCUGGUUUGGUGGGUCGUUGAUGUUAUCAGCGGUGGUAGGUUCAACCCCGGGCACAUGCAGAAGGUUUGUUCGCUCCUUCACAAGAAUGGCAUCCCGGUGAUCAUUGUUCUCAAUAAGUGCGAUGCCCCGGAGGAUUUUGUUCGAGGAGACUGCCCGGCUGCUGCCAGACCUGGUGGCCGCUUCCUUUCUACGAGCCCAGGAGGCCUGGCUGGAAGGUUUGGACUGGUGGGCCCAGGCGAUGGUCGCCUCCUACACCGCCAGCGCCGCGGCGCUGGCGGCCGUCCCGGUGCCCUUCGCGUCACGGGCCUUGUGCGUCCCGGUGCAGGUGGCCAUGGUGCUCAGCAUCGCCAAGGUGUAUCGUGUGGCGAUGUCAAAGAAGACGGCCAUACAUCUUUCCUUGUCCAUCGCAGGCGGCUUGGCUCAACGCUCAGGUCAACAUUCCAAUCUAAUCGAUGGCCAAACGCUGGUCCACAAUGGGUCAAGGUCAAACAGUCAAAGACACUUCAACCUACAACCAGCCGAGGCUCCGGCAUGAGCGUUCCCGCGUAUAUGACCCUGGACUGGCUCAAGCUAGUGCCCGGCUUCAACGUGCCCGCCGUCGCCGCGGAAGCGGCCCUUCUUGGCACAAUCACCACGGCGCUCGGCUGGGUGGCCACGCAGCUCCUACGAGAAGUGCGGUCCAAGGCAGUACUAAAUGAGGUGAAACCAGAAGAGCUCGCUCAGAUCAUGGAUGUCAACCAGCUGCAGCAGAUGUUUCGGACCCGCCUCCGAGACCUCCGCACAGCCGGCGCUUCUUCCGACCAGAGCUUGAGCAGCUCGGCCUGACACCCAGUACUUCCAGGCAAGCCACUGUACUAAGAAAAAGACAUGCGUUCUCUAGGUUUACAUCCUACUAAUGGCAACUGGAAGCACUGGGUGAAGGUUUGAUCUCAAAUCGCCAGUGCCGCGGGAUUUCCGCCUGGAGAAGAUGGCGGCUUGGAAUUGCCCUUUGAAAAGGGCGCAUGGAAUUCUGAGAUGAGGGCAAGACGCAAUUAUGCCAUUGCUUCAUCGUGAUUAGAGACGGCUGUGGUUAUGGUGCAAGAGUAAGUGAGGUAUAAGAGCGACGACUGGGAGGAGCCUCUUGCGUUUCAAACCCAGAACACUGAGAACACGAGUUUGGUUGCGAACGCAGCUACUUUAAGCGGUUGACAGGACAACUUUAAUCCUGGAAUGAGCUGAGAGAAAGCUUGCUGGAGCAAGAGGAGCCUCGUGUACAGUAAUUAGUCACGAGUCAAAUUUGUUCUCAGUCUGGAAUCGGCCUUUGCUGAGCUAUGCUUGAGGCGCUGCGGCCCACUCGUGUCCCAACCAAGUAGAACACAUCUAGAUAGC